AUGCACCCCUUCUCGACCGUCACCCUCGGCAUCUUCGUCGCUGGCUACAUCACCGCGCGUUGGGACCUCGUUACUCGCCUCUAUGAGCUGGCAAUAUUUGCCGCGGAAUACGGAGUUGUUUUGCGUGCAGCCCGCGGCAUCGUGGUCUUGAGUGCCUUCUUCCUCGCCAUCUUUGUGCCAGUAGCCCUAGUCGCAAGGAGGGAAACAAGACUUCAUGAUGGGUUGAUGAGAGUGUUUUGGCCGACAGACAUUCGCAAAUCUGAUCGCACUGGUGUUGUCGUUGGAUGGAGGAACUCAACGCUCGAUGUUUUCGUCGUCACCAUUCUCGAAGAUGUUGAUGCGCAUAAUGUCGAGUUCCAUCUCAGGUCCGGUACUUUCUUCCGGAGUGGUCCCCACUCUCCGAGCCGGAUUUAUGACCUCUGUGGGCACUCGUCGAUGCAUGUUCUAGGUAUUUCCAAUGCGGCAAGUCAAAGCGCGGUUGACCCUUCGUGGGUAUGCGCCAAGACAAGCACUAACAGCCGUUACCCCCGGAUUUCCUGCGCCAAGGCCUCCAGUAUCCAGCUCAUCCUCUACGACAGGCCUCACCCAAAAGGCAUGCAGUACAUAUCCCUUAAUCCGAUAGCGUUGGCUUUAGGGGACAAAGGAUCGCUCCCCGAGGAUGUUGCGAGUAGUGAAGAUGACAGCGAAGAGACCAAGCAGGAAAAGGCAAUCAAGGAAAAUCGCCGUAAACUAGCCGAGAAGCUGAAGCAGCACAGCAUCGUUAGGCGAAUUGCCUCCGCCAGAGACAAAGCGCUGCCCAAAAUUGUCAAUCAGGUCAAUUGGUCCUGGGAGCUGGAGCAGGCGUUGCAGCAGAACGUGGGACGGCUUGGACCAAGACCGAAGCGAGGCCUCAGUGUCUCCGAGAGGGUAGUGGAGUCGGCUACGACAAUGCGGAACUAUGUGCUCGUGCAGUUGUGGACUCUGUUUUCAGUAUACCUCUUCCCAAUUGUGCAAAAGGCUUUCAUUCUGGUGCUGCUCUUCCAUAGGAUGGUGGCGGAAAUCCUCCUCAUUGUCUUGGAAUUUCGAGCCAAACCAGGGUAUGCCGCCCUCAAGGAUAUCUCUGCGACCGCCCAGCAGAUUGAGAUUCGUCUCCAGCAAUUCUGCUAUUGGCCAAUGCAAUAUGUUACUCUCCGCCAGCGGAAAGCCAACUGGGCAAGUGUCACUACUAGCCAUCCGGACUACAUUCGUUUCUACAACAGCCUUUGGCUUGUUGCCAACGAUGUGAUUAUCGGCAUGGCUGUAGGCUCGUACAUCAUUGAGCACAAGGACUGGGUUGCGGAUCAAAUUCGAGAUCUCCUGCGUACAUACACGGUAGAGGCACUCCAACGCGGCAUAUCGUGGCUUAUGGGAUGGCCCGCAGGCCUGAAACUGAACGGUGAAUUGGCUGCCUUUCUUGGCGAUUUGUUUCUCUGGGUCAUUGACUAUUGGUCAAGUUGCAUCGAGACUCUAAGCCCCAUGCUGCCACACAUCAUUUGGUUCAUUGGGUUUUCGUCUUUUGCAGGCGCAAGCAUGCCUAUCGCAAUGUUUUCAGACUUAUUAUCGGUCCUCACCAUGCACAUCUACUCGUUCUAUCUCGCGUCUGCAAGGAUAUACCACUGGCAGCUCACCAUUUUGCGGUCUCUCUUCCAUCUGUUUCGAGGGAAAAAACACAACGUCCUCCGCAAUCGUAUCGAUUCGUGCGAUUAUGACCUCGACCAGCUGCUUGUUGGGACAAUUCUAUUCACCCUUUUGUUCUUUCUUCUGCCCACCGUGAUGGUUUUCUAUCUCAAUUUUGCCAUUGCUAGGAUGAUUAUCAUAUCACUCAAGGCAGGCUUUGAUACGUUGCUAUCAUGUUUGAAUCAUUUCCCACUUUUUGCCUUAAUGUUGAGGUUGAAGGACCCAAGUAGAUUACCUGGUGGCAUUCAUUUUGAACUUCGAGAUACCCAUGAAUCUAAAAUUCCCGACACUAAUGAUAAACUUUUUAAUGAGCCCCCUACUUCCAUUAUCUAUCUCAAGAACAUUCCCCUUCCCUUCCACGACAUGUUCCACCAAUAUUUUCAAAUGGCUCACCGCAUACGCAAGCACUACCUAUCACCGCGAGUGUUGCUUUGUUUGGUGACUGGACAGUUUGUCCCUCCGAUUAACAGAAAAAAUCUGUAUAGUUUACAGUACAGCAUGUUGCCAGCGAGGAGAGCGACUGUGUGGGAGAUGUGGCGGGCAGUGAAUAUGGAAAUCGACAUUCCCCAGAAGAAGCCGUUUCAUUUACCAAAUAUUCCCGCGUUGCAGAACGGGGGUAAACGGCCAACAGGGUUUGGUAGAACUAGGUCAAGAGAUUAG